GGUUUCAAUUUGCAUACAGAUAUAAGUAAGUGAUUAGACCAAAGACUUUAGCCAUGGCCUCCCUAGGACGCCACAUGAUGCGAACUUGCAUGAAGCUUGGGACAACACCUACAAGAAACCUCCCUCUACAGUUUGUGCAAAGACAUUUCCCUAAACAUUAUCAGGCUACGCCAUCAUUUCAUACCUGUGCCAGAUGCCUGAGAGAUUCGGACAUCCCUGCAGGAUCAGGCAUCUCCAGAGUAGAGAGGAAUUCCAUGGUCCUCUCCAAGACUCUCUUUGAGGAGGCCACGCACGAUUCACCAAAUAAAGGUGCUUUCAAGGAGGUCGUCACGACCUUCACGGAGAUGGACAAGAGGCGCAGGGGCCACGUGCAGUUCAUCGAGACCGCCCUGAGGUACAUGAAGGCCUUUGGUGUGGAGAAGGAUGUGGAAGCGUAUAACAUGUUGCUUGAUGUCUUCCCCAAAGGGAAGUACGUUGCUAAGAAUGCUUACCAGUCCAUGUUCAAUCACUUCCCCGAGCAGCAGGUGUGUGGCAUCAAGGUUCUACAGCAGAUGGAAGACAAUGCUGUCUUACCAAACAAUAAUACCAAGGAAAUCCUACUCGCAAUCUUUGGUCGGAAUGCCCAUCCGAUCAAGAAGUACCAGCGUCUGAUGUACUGGUUCCCCAAGUUUCGCAACAUCAAUCCUUUCCCUCUACCCAAGGAAAUGCCAAGCGACCCCAUCAAACUCAGCGAGAUUGGACUCAAGAGAAUAUCAGAAUAUGAAGCAGAGUUCACUGUUUAUAGUGUCGACAGGUCCAGUGAGACAUCAGUAAUGGUCCAAGACCAGGACUAUUCAGACCUUCAAGGCCGGGACUACAUUGCCAGUGUGCAGAGUCCAGAGCAGAAAGAGGACCUGUCCCAGCACCAAAUCUUCAGACCGCUCUAUGUGGAAGGACCAUACACUCUGUGGCUCAAGACAACCGUUCAGUCUUACUAUGUAUUGAGAACAGACCCAUUGGAGUUACAGGAGCCCCUUAUGUAUGAAAGAGGUCAACUUCCCCCAGCACCCACAGAAGGUAACGUCUACGCCAUGUGUAUGGCCAGCGAUGGUGACCGAGGGAUGUUAAAUGAAUGGAUCAAUAGACUACAGGAUGAGAACCCUCACCUAGCCAGGCUCACCGUCAUCUUCAAUCUAUUCGACAAGAAAGGCGAUGGCCAGGAGACGCAGGUCCAUCAUAUAGGGGAGGGAACAAAGAUGCUGGGGAGUUGAUGAUAAUUAAUUUGCAUAGAUGCCUAUAUUGUGUUAAUACUAUACAUACUUAUACUGAAUUGAAUUGGCAUAAUGGCUUCUUCAUCCUAUUCAACAAGAGAGGCGAUGGCCAGGAAACAAAAGUGCUUCGUUUGGGGGAGGGAACCAAAACGAUUAGAAGUUGAGGAUGAUUAAUUUGCAUAGAAGCAUAAUACAGUGAAUAGAAUUGGCAAAGUUUCUUCUUCAUCCUAUUCACCCAAACAGGGGAUUUCCAGGAAGCGAAGGUGCAUCAUAAAGGGGAAGGAACAAAGAUGCUUGAAAGUUGAUGAUCAUUACUUGGCAUGGAUGCACACACUGUGUUAAUGAUAUGUAUCUUAAUACUGCAAUGGACAAAACUGACCGAUUAAACUUCAAUAUGUGAAACAGGAAUCCCAAGUCUAUCUCAAUGAGACAAAGAUGUAAGGGAGUUGGUGAUAAUUGAUUUGCAUAAAUGUAUACGUUAUGUUUAUUGUUAUACAGUCAAACCCGUCUUUAACAACCGCCCAAGGUAAACACAAAAAGUGGUCUUUGUAGACAUGGCGUCUUUGAAGACAGGUUUC